AUGGACAUCGAAGCAUAUUUUGAAAGAAUUGGUUAUAAGAACUCUAGGAACAAAUUGGACCUGGAAACGUUAACUGACAUUCUUCAGCACCAGAUCCAGACCAUUCCCUUUGAGAACCUUAACAUCCACUGUGGGGAACCCAUGGAAUUGGGCUUGGAGGCCGUUUUUGAUCAACUUGUGAGGAAGAACCGGGGUGGGUGGUGUCUCCAGAUCAACCAAAUUCUGCACUGGGCUCUCACCACAAUGGGUUUUGAGACCACAAUGCUGGGAAGCUAUGUUUGCAACGUUACAACUGAAAAAUACACCAGGGCUAUCAUGCACCUCCUGCUGAUGGUGACGGUGGGUGGCAGGAAAUACAUAGUUGAUGCUGGGUAUGGAAGCUCUUACCAGAUGAGGCAGCCUGUUGAGUUAAUUUCUGGGAAGGAUCAGCCUCAGGUGGCUUGCAUCUUCCGCUUGACAGAAGAGGGAGGAACCUGGUACCUGGACCAAAUCAGAAGAGAGCAGUAUGUUCCAAACCAAGAAUUCCUUAAUUCUGAGCUCCUGGAAAAGAAAAAGUACAGAAAGAUCUACUCCUUUACGCUUGAACCUCAAACAAUUGAAGAUUUUGAGUCUCCAAAUUCAUACUUUCAGACAUCUCCAGCAUCUGCGUGUGUAAAAGACUCUUAUUGUGUCAUUCACACCCCAGAUGAAGUUUACUGCUUAGUGGGUUUUACUCUCAUGCAUCGAAGAUUCAGUUAUAAGGACAACAUGGAUCUGGUGGAGUUUAAGACACUGAAUGUGGAAGAAAUAGAGGAAGAGCUGAAAAAGAUAUUUAAUAUUUCCUUGGAGAAAAAGUUUGUGCCCAAACAUAGUGCAACUUUUUUUACCAUUUAGAGUAAUGAGUAAUAAAAUGGAUCAGUCCCCAAAGGCAAGGGAAGUAAAAAUAAAUGAAUGGGACUACACCAAACUAAAAGGCUUCUGCACAGUGAAAGAAACCCAUCAACAAAACAAAAAGGCAACCAAACUAAUGGGAGAAGAUAUUUUCCAACAAUACCUCUGAUAAGGGGCUUAUAUCCAAACCAUAUAAAGACCUUAUACAACUCGAGAACCAAAAAAUCUAAUUAAAAAUACUUUCAACAAUAAAGUUAAAUUUUAGAAAAUGAGCAGAGGACCUGAAUAAACACUUCUCCCAAGAAGACAUAAAAAUGGCCAACAGAUGUAUAAAAAAUGCUCAAAUUCACUAGUUAUUAGGAAAAUGCAAAUCAAAACCAUAUGAAAGGGAGGGGGGUUAGUGCUGGGUGAAAACGGUGACGGGGUUAAGCAAAAACAACAACAAAACUUAUAGACAAAGACAACAGCAUGGUGAUUUCUAGAGGGGAAGGAGGUGGGUGAGGUAGAAGAGGGAAAUGGGGGAUCUAUGGUGAUGAAAAGAGACUUGACUUGGGUAGGUGAACACACAAUGUGAUACAGAGAUGAUGUAUUAUAGCAUCGUACGCCUGAAACCUAUAUAAUUUUAUUGACCAAUGUCACCCCAAUUGGCUUAAUUUUUUUUAAAAGGAAAAGAUUCAAGAUAGUUAAUGCUGCUGAGAAAUGAAGAAUUAUCACAAAUAUAAACAUCUAAUUUAGUAAUGAGGACAUCACUGGUGACCUUAAAAGAGCAUGCUCAGUGGAUAAGUGGGGAUGACAGCUUGAUGAAAAUGAACUGACGAGAAUAUUCAAGUAAAGAAUUAGAAACAGUACUUAUUAGUCAUUGAAGACCGUACUUUGUAGAAAGUAAGCCUAUUGGUUCAAAACAGGAACAUAAAACUAGAAUAUAAUUCUGUGUGCUUACAUACCAAACUCACAGUAGUCAGUUGUUCAGAGGAGGCGUUAGCUUUCUAUGUAACGCUUUUUACUUUUUUUUUUUUUUUAAGUAAAGUGCACUUGGAUUACUUAUAUCAAUGUUCAGAGAAUGUUAGUAUUUACAUAUAUCCUUUCUCUGCCUUGUGGGCACAUGGCUAGAUCCCAUUUUCAACCCUCCACAGCAGUUUGGUAGAACCAUGUGACUGAGAUCCAACCAAUGGAAUGUGAUAACAAAUGAUAUGCACAACUUUCAGCCUAAACCAUGAAUGCUUCCCACCAGUGAGCUCAUUGCUAUCUUUCCCCACUGGCUGAUGGAAAAGACGCUGAGGACAUAGAGAAAGUGGGGCCACAGAUGAAAAGAUCUUGGGUCCCUGAACAGCUGUGGGGUACAACAUGGGAUGUAAUAUGGGUGAAAAAUAAACUCUU